AUGCUGUGUGAGGCACUGGAGCGAGGGGUCUUGGGGGUCGGAGACGGUGGCUCAAUAUUGCGUGCUGUGCCUGCCGUACCCCAGGAAGUGAUCCCCCACAGCCAUGAAAGUGUGCUCGAUCAGCCCCCAGGCUGCGGUGGAACGCGAGCAAAGCCAGUGGGUAAAUCGGGGAGUGUGUUGGAGGGCGUUAUUGGUCAUUUGACAAGGCCAAUGGGUGGAGGAGAUGUGCGGAAGCGCUCAGCACAAGUCGACAACAGCUGGGAUGAUUGUAGGCAUCUCUCUGGCUCGUCUCACGCCGUGUGCGCCGAGAGGGCAGCAACGGAGGAGGCAGGACCACGAGGGGAAGCCGCACCUAUGGCAGCUGAGGAGAGGGCGUCGAUGAGACGCGGGAGCACAAACAAACCCCAGAUGUGUGACGUCUCCAGCACCCCAUACAAAGCCCGCCGUCUCCUUAUCAGUCUCCCCCAGCUUCGCGGCGUCAAUCGCUCGCACCGCAUAGCAUAG